CUUUCUCGGUAGUCUUCAGAGGGACCUUGCUGCUUCGAGAAACCCGUCCCCGUUCACCGUACGUCAUCAAACGGACCCUUUAAAGCGUCCGUAGCGGCUGUAAUGGCACAAUAUUCGGGAGCGAAGCAAUAUCAGAGUAUGAAAACACUAUCUCCAGUCGAAACGAUGGCAACUAACGAUCCUCUACCGCCUGGGUGGGAGAUCAAAAUCGACCCGCAGACAGGUUGGCCGUUUUUUGUGGAUCACAACAAUCGCACAACGACGUGGAACGAUCCGAGGCACGACACGAAAAAGGUUUUUUUAAAUGGCCCCUCUAUAGCCCCUGAGUCACCUCAGGACGUGCACAAAUCCUAUAUUCAAGAGAUGAGGCAACCAAUGCUACGCCAGGGCUACAUCCCGAUCCCAGUCUCCCAUGAAAACACUGAACCCAGGCUGCAGCAGUAUCCGAGUUUCUCAUACAUCCAUCCAGUAGUGCCGCAAAAUUUGAGAACAGAUGGACGUACACCUUCCCCAACCCCAACAGCACAUUGUCGGCCUAGAUCUCCAGUGCAGUCCCCAUCAGAGGCUUGUUUGUCUUGUUCACCUGCUUCACACGGGCCUGAGGUUCAUCAACCACAGGGCACACACCAACAAUUGAGUGGCCUUCAUCAACAGCCCCGACCCAGCAAUACAGGUCUCCGGGCGGGCUACAUCCCCAUUCCUGUGAUCCAUGAGGGUAUAGGGUGCACCUCACAAUUCCAGCCUAGUCAAAGUUCUCAUGCCGCGCGAGAAAAAACCCCAAUCUACCGUGAACAAGUGCCCAUUCAGAUUCAACAGAAUCGAACUGCCAGUCCUAUCCCGGUCCCCUUGAGGGCCCAGUCACCAGUCAUGUCUCAGGUCAUGGGAGAGAGACCCCAGGUCCAGCAACACAUUGGACACGCAGCAAUACCACCAAAAGUUGAACAACCAGUUGAAGAAAUUGUCAGACCACCUGCAUUUGAGAUUCCCAUUCAAAGAGUGAGUGAUGUUCCUCAGCAAAUACAUCAUCAGCCAGUACAACAACAACCACCUACACAAGCACCCCAGCCAAAAGCACAACAACCCGUACCGCAGUCACCGCAGGUAUCAGAGACAUCCAAUAUUACCAUACAAGUUCCUCCAGCACCAGAACCCCAGGAAGCCGCUGCCCCUCCAACACCUCAAGAGGUCCCACCCCCACAAUUCCAACCUGAGGAGACUUCAGAACAAGAUCUGAGCCACCCAGGACUGAUCAAAGUGCAGCAGAUAUUGGAAUGUGUGGACAACCUGGCACAAGAUGUGAAAAGUUUCGAUGGGAAGAAGAAUGAUAAAAAAUACUUGUUGCUGGAGGAGAUGUUGACCAAACAACUUCUGGCUCUGGACUCUGUAGACCCUGAAGGUCGCCCAGAUGUGCGUCAGGCUCGAAGGGAUGGUGUCCGCAGAGUUCAAAAGAUUCUAGAUGAACUGGAGAUGUUUGGAGAGCCGAUGCAAGGGCUUGCUGGUGACACGUACCCUGAGUCGAGUAUGAUUGACCAUGCAAACUCAGAGAAUGUCAAGGAGAUUUUAUAAUUGCACAAAGAAAGCACAAAUUUGAGAAGAACAGUAAUCAAAAUCUCCAUUUUUGUUUUUACUUGCGCAAUUAUUAUUAUUAGUUGGAUGCAUGAAUAAUUUACGUUUUCUGUUGGAAAUGAUCUAACGUGAUUUGUUUACUGAGUGCAAUCAUGUGUGCUGUUAUGUGAUGCUGCUGUUGUCAAAUCACACCAUGCAAGUGUCUUGUAGCAAAAGACAAAGUGGUGACUGGUUAUGUUCUAAAACAAAUGAAAACGAGGCCUUGAACAGAAGAAAGUUUUUUAACAUUCAAAAAGUAUCUUUUGUACCAUGUUGAAUGAAUGAAUGAAUGAAAAAAUGUUUUUGAAUAUUCCUCAAGAAGUUGUUAAAGAAGAAGUGGGCUGUCAUAGUGAAAACUUUUAUUAGAAUUUUUUGAUUAAAUUUUAUUGUGUGAGCUACAAAAAAUAUAAAAAGGCAUUCAUUUUUAUUUUGGCAUAUUGGAAGGUUUAUAUACAUAUAUAUGUAUAUAUAUAUAUAGAGAGAGAGAGAGAGAGAGAUUGAUGCCUUUAAAUAUAACCAUUUGAACAUCAUGCUUUGCUGACAGAAUUCCCUAUGAUGGUUUGAAUGCUUGUCAGUAUUAUUAUUUGUUGAAUGACAGUGAUACAAAUUAUGAUAUAUUUUUAUUCUAUUUUUCUGUGCCAAAAUGAACAUUUCCAGUAUUAAGAAUGUUCAAAUGUAAAAAAAAAUAAAAAUAAAACAUAAGAUUCUCACUGAAUAUGGUUGCCUUACAAUUAAAGCAGCCAGGGUCAGUCCAAACUUAUGGUGAUCUAUAAACUCUACAGGUACCAAAACAAUCCCAUUUGAUCAACCUUGUGCCCUUGAGGAAAGCAACUUAAAUGCUUGCUCUAAGGGACUUGAAAUUAGUGCACCAAAAAUUACUUUGUAUAAUGUGUCAGCUCAAUUCAGUUUAAAACAAAGUGCUGUUUGUCUCACAUGACUGUUGUGAGACCUUUUUAUCUCAAUGACCUGUUACUGACUCUGAUAUCGUACUAAUACUGCAAACAAAACUGGUUUCAAAUUCUGUUUUGUGAAAUAGUAUGCAAUGUUCAGUGUUACACAGCUUAUUUGCAGUUUGUUAAAAUGUUGACAUGAUAUGGUGACAUAAGCAUGACUGCAAAUACAAUAUAAUAAAGCACUUUGCUUACAAGUUGCAAAGUGUGUAAUAU